UAUCACUGCCAUCGAAUUUCCUUCGAAUUCUCGUUAUUUAUGUCAUUUUUUUACUAACAUUAUCAUAGUAUCCGGUUACUCGCUUCCAGCUGUGCCAAAAACGUCUAAAUAUUAUCCGGGUCUCCAGCGUCACAUCUUUCCCCGCUGUUAUAAAUGUCUCGGAUUCAUCAAUCGGAUCAGGCGUGUCUUCACCCAUCACGGAGAUGCGUCAAGUCCACCUCGCCUUGCUCCUUGGCUUUGUUGCUUUCGCCACAGCUGUGCCAUCACCCUCCACUGCUCAUAAUAACCACCGCUCAACCAAAGAUCCCAAAGUCCUAAUUCUUGGAGGAGGCGUUGCUGGCGUUAUUGCCGCGCGCACAUUGCACCGCAAGGGUAUCGACGACUUUUUGAUCGUCGAAGCACGUGAUGAACUAGGCGGAAGGAUGCAGAAUUAUACCAUCGGCAUCCCUGGAAAGCAGUACACUGUCGAACUCGGUCCUAAUUGGAUCCAGGGAACGCAGACUGGCAAUGGGACAGCUAACCCCAUUCUGACGCUCGCUCGAAAGCACCACGUUAAGAACCAGUAUAAUGAUCUUGAUGGCAGUAUCACGACUUACGACUAUGACGGGUUUAAAGACUAUCGUAACCUCUUGGACACAUCAGUCGAUCAAUUCAGCCAAGUCGGAGCUGUUGCAGGGGAACGCGUCAAGACGCAGCAGGUUGACCUCAGCCUUCAAAGCGCGUACGGCAUCACCGGCGCAACUCCAAAGAACAUGUAUGAAGCAGCUUGCCAGUAUUAUGAAGUCGACUGGGAGUCCCCAGACCAGAAUUCGUGGAUAGCAUCAGCUUGGAACAACAAUUUUACCUUUGACGUCGAUAUGGGGGGCUUCUCGGAUGAAAACAAUCUCUGCAUUGACCAGCGUGGCUUCAAAACUAUCAUCCAGGCCGAAGCUGCAGAUUUUCUUCAACCUGAGCAAGUCUCCCUGAAUUCCGUUGUCACGACGAUUGCAUACAGUGGGGAUGGAGUGACGGUCACACUGAAAGAUGGUUCUACUCUCACCGCGGACUACGUGCUUUGCACGUUUAGUCUUGGAGUACUACAAUAUGGUGAUAUCGCAUUUGAACCUGCUCUUCCUUCGUGGAAGAUUGAGGCCAUUCAGAGCAUGGUCAUGGCCACGUACACCAAAAUAUUCUUGCAAUUCAAGGAAAAGUUCUGGUUUGAUACCGAGAUGGCCAUAUACGCAGACAAGGAACGGGGACGGUAUCCGAUCUGGCAGAGUCUUGACCACGUCAAAUUUUUCCCUGGUUCUGGUCUCGUCUUUGUGACCGUCACCGGUGAUUUCUCACUGCGCAUCGAGGGCAUGCAAGAUUCAGAUGUUCAAGAGGAAGUCAUGGAAGUCCUCCGAUCCAUGUACCCCAACAUUACUGUUCCUGAUCCUGUCGCAUUCCACUUCAAACGCUGGCAUGCGGACCCUCUCUUCCGUGGCUCAUACUCCAACUGGCCCCCCUCUUUCCUUCCCGGUCACUCAGAAAAUCUGAGGGCUACUGUAGACAAGAGGCUCUGGUUUGCGGGCGAAGCUACAAGCUUGAAGUAUUAUGGUUUCCUUCAUGGUGCGUAUUUUGAGGGGUUGAACGCUGGGAAAGAGAUCGCUAAGUGCGUUGAGGGCCCUGCAUGCACUGGGCGGGAGCAUUUGAACAGUGUGCUUGAUGCUUCCCCUUAUCCGUUCGUUUCUAUCACGCCUUAAGUGCCUACAGUAAAGCUUUGCUGUCGCAAUGUUUAGUAUCGUAUUCGAGCACCGCAGUUAUCAACAACCCUCUUCAUUCGUCUCAUCACCCAGUCCGAAAGGAAUGAAGAUGAUCGUUUCCUUUACAGUGGUUCACAAGCCUGAUAGCGACGGACCCAUGGCCUGCAUGCACCUUCACGACCCGUGAUCACUUGCAGAAUGUUUUGUGACAGGGUUCCACCUGUCAGUCACUAGCACCGGUCAAGAUUGGAAUGACAUCAUCCUUGCAGUACUUGUGAGACAUGACAGUCCCGCCCGGAAUCGGAUCGUCGGAUGUGUCACAGUUGUAAAUUCUUCCGUCGUCUGCAGUGCAUGUAUAAAAGCUGCCAUCUACCAACACUGCUACUUCAUUUCCCUCCACUUCAUUUGCUUUACUCGCUUUACGUUGAACUCCACGCUGCAUCACAAGCACUCGAUGAGACGAC